AGAUUACAUAUUAUCAUUAUCGUCAUUAAUAGUAGUAUUCAUAGUAGUAAUAUGAUCUUAAUCAAUACAUACUUAAUCUACUUUAUAUGUUUCAUUUUAUUAUUCAUUCCAAACAGUAAUACAUCUGAAUAUGAUUAUAAUAAAGAGUAUAUUGAUGAAGAAUCAUUGAAUCAAUUCAUAAACAACAGCAAUGAUGGUGAUGAUGAUUAUAAUCAUGAUCAUCAUUAUCGUCAUCAUGAUCAUGAUCAUCAUCACCAUCCACGACACAUUCAUAAAAAUGUAGGACGGAAAAUUCAACAAAAAUUCUUUCCAUUAAGUUUUCAUUUUAAUCGACCAAAAUCACAAGAAAUUUAUGUAUUCAAUAUAGAACGUUAUAGUAAUUGGUCUGAUUGGAAAGAAUGUUUACCAAUGGAAUGUAUUGAAAUACGUUAUCGUAAAUGUUUAGAUGAUUCAUGGAAAACUAUAUCACCAAAUCUUAUACAUACAACUCGAUGUAUAUCAAAAUAUUAUGCAGAGAAACGUACAUGUUUAAAUAAAACACAAUGCAAUGAAUAUACUGGUGAUCAAAUUAUAAAAAAUCUAACUAAUACAUGUGGAAUACGUAAAUCAGACAAUCAAAUAAUGGAAAAAAUUCUUGGUGGUAAAGCAGUUGAACCACAUUCAUGGCCAUGGGCUGUUCGUUUGUCUGUGAAGUUACCUCGUCGAAGAUCAGUUACAUUCUGUGGUGGAACAUUGAUUGCACCACAAUGGAUAUUAACUGCAGCUCAUUGUGUUCUAGUAGAAAAUAAACAUAUUCCAGUUGGAAAACCAGUUAUGUUAGCUGAUCAUAUGAAAAGUACAAUCUAUGCACAUUUAGGUGAUCAUGAUCGAUAUAAACAAGAAGCUGCACAAAUUGAUCAUCGUGUUACUGUUGCUAUACUUCAUCCAAAUUAUCAUAGAAAAUUACAAACUGAUGGAUAUGAUAUUGCAUUGUUACGUCUCUCAGAACCAGUUAAAACAACACCAGAAAUUGAUUUUGCAUGUUUACCAUCAAAAAAUUUAAAAUUAACAUCAAAUUCUAAAUGUUAUGCUGUUGGUUGGGGUAGUAAUAAAGGUGGUAAAAUACCAACAUUUGAUAAUAUACAUAGUAUAUUAGAAUCAUUAUUUUUACCAUUUCCAUCAUCAUUAUUUAAUACACCAUUUACAUUUGGUAGAAGAGAAUCAUCUAUAUGGAAUAUAAAAAAAUUAGAAGAAGAAGAAUCAUCUAAAGAAUUACAUGAAGUUGAAUUACCUAUAGUAUCUAUAGAUGAUUGUCGUAAAUAUUAUGCUGAUAUUAGUUCAAAAGUACAUGUAUGUGCUGGUGCUAAAAAUAAAGAUACAUGUGCUGGUGAUAGUGGUGGUGGUCUUUAUUGUUAUUUCGAUGAUACUAAUCGUUGGCAUAUUGUUGGUGUAACAAGUUUUGGUUUAGCUAGAGGUUGUGGUUUAAAUCCUGGUGUUUAUACAUCAACAUCAUCACAUAUGGAUUGGAUAUCAAAACAAUUAGCAACAAAAAUAUUUUAAAUUUAAUAAAAUGAUAAACAAUAUUGAGAAGAAAAUAAAAAAAGGAGAAAAAACAAAAAAAAAGAGAUAUGAUCCCAUUAAUCUUGAUCAGUUACUAUGCUAAAAUUUAUUUGAAAAAAAAAUCGAUAUGGAUUGAUUUUUUCUUUUUCUUUUUUUCAUCAUUGAUUUUAUUUGUGUAAAUUUAAAUUUUAAAAAAUAUAUCAGAUUAAUGUAUCGUAGUAGUUAAA